AUGGAUUUCCUUGUCACUCCAACUAAGCGCCCCAAGGAUGUACAGAAAGUGGCGUCAACUGAUGAGAAAGUGUUAUCAACGGACAAGAAGUGGAAGGUUGAUAAAGUUGAUGUCACGCCUCCGAAAUCACCUCCAUUACUGAACAAUUGGUUAAAUCAUGUGCCUCCUGAGGAACCAGUGAAACCGUUACAUCCACCCAUAGUUUUCAAUGACUGGAAAGGGUUGCCUCAUGCACAUAGCGGUCUUACAAAUUUGCACAAUACGUGCUUCAUUAGUUCAGUUAUUCAGGCUAUCUUCCAUGUUCCACCAUUUGUGAAAUGGUUACAUAGUCAUGAAAAAUGCAGCUCUAUGUUUUGUAUUACCUGUGGUUUAAAAAAUUUAAUGGUUAAAUGACUAAAAAGUAAAAACUACAGACCAGCAACCCUGGUUGCUCAC